AUGUCUCUCAACAUCCCCAACGCGCCUAACGCGAACCUGUUCAAGCAGGGGUACAACAACUACGACUCCGAAGAUGGAGCCGUCCUGCGCAACAUCGACGCCUGCCGGGCCAUCUCCUCGACCGUUCAGACGUCGCUGGGUCCCUACGGUCGCAACAAGAUUGUCAUCAACCACCUUCAGAAGAUGAUCCUCACAUCCGACGCCGCCACCAUCCUCAGAGAACUCGAUGUCGUCCACCCGGCGGCCAAGCUCCUGGUCAUGGCCAGUCAACAGCAAGAGGCGGAGAUGGGCGACGCCACCAACCUGGUGAUCGUUCUUGCCGGUGAGCUGCUGAAGAAGGCGGAGGACCUGCUGCGUAUGGGCUUGAAGACGGCAGAUAUCGUUACCGGUUACGAGCGUGCACAAAAGUUCGCCCUCGAGACGCUGGACGAGCUUUCCGUCGACAAGGUGGAAGACAUUCGGUCUCAGGAAGAGCUUAGCAAGGCCAUCCGCACUGUCGUCGCCAGCAAGCAGAACGGCAGCGAGGACUUCCUCUCCGACCUCGUCGCCGAGGCCGUCCUGGCGGUGUUGCCCAAGAACCCCGCUGGUUUCAACGUCGACAACAUCAGAGUGGUCAAGAUCAUGGGCGGCGCCCUGGAGCAAAGCCGUGUGGUCAAGGGUAUGGUCUUUCCCAAGGAGCCUGAUGGCUCGGUCAAGAAGGCGCAGCGCGCCAAGGUCGGAGUCUUCUCCUGCCCCAUCGACAACAGCCAGACCGAGACCAAGGGCACCGUGCUCUUGCACAACGCCAAGGAGAUGAUGGACUUCACCAAGGGCGAGGAGUCGCACCUCGAGGCUGCCAUUAAGGAGCUCUACGAUGUCGGCAUCAGAGUGGUUAUUGCUGGCUCCACGGUGGGCGAGCUGGCCCUCCAUUACCUCAACAGAUUCGGCAUCCUCGUCAUCAAGAUUCUUAGCAAGUUCGAGCUGCGCAGGAUCUGCAGAGUUGUCGGAGCUACCCCCCUUGCUCGGCUGGGUGCCCCCAUGCCGGACGAGAUGGGUUCCAUCGAUGUUGUCGAGACCCUCGAGAUCGGCGGGGACCGCGUUACCGUCUUCAGACAAGAGAACGAGGCCACAAGAACGGCGACUCUGGUCCUGAGAGGAGCCACCCAGAACCACCUGGACGAUGUCGAGCGUGCCGUCGACGACGGCGUCAAUGUUGUCAAGGCUAUCACCAGAGACCCCCGCCUUGUGCCUGGCGCGGGUGCUACAGAGAUCCAGCUCGUUGAGCGGCUGAACGCCCUCGGCGAGAAGACCCCGGGUCUGUCGCAGUACGCCAUCCGAAAGUACGGCGAGGCCUUUGAGGUCAUCCCCAGAACCCUUGCCGAGAGUGCCGGUCUAGACGCCACGGAGGUUCUGAGCAGACUGUACAUGGCACACCACAAGAAGGACGACUGGGCUACCGGUGUCGAUGUCGAGAACGAUGACGGCUCUGGUACCCUGGACGCCCGUGAGGAGGGCAUUCUGGACCUGCUUGUCUCCAAGUCCUGGGCCAUCAAGCUCGCGACCGAGGCGGCCCGGACCGUCCUGUCAGUCGACCAGAUUAUCGUGGCUCGCCGGGCCGGUGGCCCCAAGCCUCCCGGUCCCAACCCCAACUGGGAUGAGGACUAA